GCAGGUAAACACAGUUCCACGUCGCUCCUGUCUAUCAUAAAAUACAGUCUGAUCUUCCUUCCUGGCUGCGUUCUGUAUGUUCUUCUCCCAAAGCGAGACAGACAAGAAUCAGAAUUAGAGGGAGAUAUGAGCAAGAUGGAGAGCUUCAUGCCCAGUCUGGCGAUGAUUCUAACCCAAUUGGGUUUCGCGGGGCUCAACGUAGUAUCGAAGGUGGCCAUGAACAAAGGGAUGAACCCCUUCGUCAUGGUCACUUACCGGCAGGUUGUUGCUACUCUCUCCACUGCCCCCAUGGCUUACUUCAUGGAAAGGAAAACGAAGAUGAAGCUGACGUGGUCCAUUAUAUUCCAAAUUUUCCUCUGUUCCUUGUUCGGGGCUACUCUGAAUCAGAGUUUGUACUUCGCUGGCCUCAAAUUUGUGUCGCCAACAAUUGCAUGUGCCCUUAACAAUCUAUUGCCAGCUGUUACCUUCAUCAUCGCCGUCCCUUUCAGGAUGGAGACGAUAGGCGUGAGGAGCAAAGCGGGGCUGGCUAAGGUUGUGGGCACGGUCAUAUGCGUGGGUGGCGCCAUGCUGAUGACGUUUUAUAAAGGACCGCACAUAAAUAUGUGGUCCUCAGGCAUCCGCUGGGACAUCGACUACGAGACUUCCAGCAAAGAAACCACCACAACGGACAACAACAGACCCACCGACUUCAUCAUCGGCUCCGUCAUGGUGGUGGCCAGUUGUUUCGCUUGGGCUAUCUGGUUCAUACUCCAGGCUAGAAUGAGCAGGACUUUCUCGGCGCCGUACACGAGCACGUCGAUGCUCUGCUUCGUGGCAGCGGUCCAGUGCGGACUGAUGACGGUCUGCAUGGAGAGGAAUCCGUCAGCAUGGGCGUUGGGAUGGAACGUUCGGCUUCUUGCUGUUGUCUACACGGGCUUGGUGGGGUCCGGGAUGGCAUUCUGCGUAAUGUCAUGGUGCAUACAGAGAAGGGGCCCGCUCUUCGUCUCCAUGUUCAGCCCCUUGCUGUUGAUCAUUGUGGCCUUCUUUGGGUGGGCUUUGUUUGACGAGAAAUUGCAUCUGGGAAGCGUUAUGGGAUCGCUCUUGAUCGUUGUCGGACUUUAUGGAGUGCUAUGGGGUAAGGGCAAAGAGAUGGAGCAAGCAGUCGGGCUUCUCAAAACCGCCUCGGAUGAUGUUGAUGAUCAAGCAGAGACAGCCAUAGAAAUGGGGUCCUCAAUUGCAGAGAAGGUGGGAGACAACACGAUGAUCAGCAAAUCGGACACGACCCAUUCCGUUGAUCAUUGCUCUAAAAUAUGUGUGGGCGAGAAAUGAGGCUAUCACAAGCUUUAGCUUUAUGAAAACAUCAGUUCAGUGGAAAUUCUUGCAUGUAGUAUUGGUCAUUUUCCGAGGCUAAAUAAAUAUACAAUUGAAUAUUGUGAAAAUCAAUUUUUCUUCCACAUUUCUUAGAGGCACUCAAAGGCUGGGGAAAUCGGUGCUGCCUCUCAUCAACUGGGUAGUUGCAUUUAGCUUAGUGGCUACUCCACUGCAGCAUUCGCAGAGCCUUUAAGCACUGCCGUAUCUUUACUUUCUUGUUUCUUGCUGAAUGGAGCUGCCGUAUCUUUACUUUCUUGUUUCUUGCUGAAUGGAGUUUUCCUCGUUGUUUGUAAUUUCCCUAAUACAGUUUCUCUUGGUUC